AAGCAAUAGAAGGUUGAAGAAACCGCACACGAAAUACUUUUGUAAAGAAUAGGAUUGUAGUUUUACUAAAGGUUUUACUAGGAGAUUUUUCUGCGAUCGUCUUACAACGUCAUCAACUGAGAAUCUGAAUCUCCUCAACAGCCUUUCCCCUGCAACAAGAAAAUGGCAGCUAUAAACCGCAUGGGUGAGCGCAAGCCGCGCUUGGACCUACUGACGCAGCCAGAUAUGUUCUUGCGCCCUGGCAUGCCACCGAAACCGGGUCAGGUUGCUAAAGACGCCAAGGAAAAGGAGGCCAAAGCUGAGAAUUAUGCUUGUUUGUGAUAUACCUCUGUUUCGUAAUUGUAAUUGCAACGUAGAUGAUGUUUAUUGAUUUGAAGUACAGUUGAUGGGUAAUUGUUGAAAUGAUUGAAUUGUUUUAUAGUGUUCACCAGCAGGAUUUCUGCCAUGAUGUGGAUGUCGACGACUUCGCAAUCCUAUCUUGUUCUUUCUCAUGUUAGAUAGUUCAUAUCUCCAUCCCCUUCCCGUUCCCGUCCCUCUUGCUCUAAACCGUAUCCGCGGCCGCUGCUGCAGGUGGAGGUGCGGAUGACCAUCAGCGUCCGGGACAGUGCACGACGCCGCCUGCUCUUCAGGCUAUCAUUGAUCGUGCCAAGCAGCUCGCUCAAAAAAGCAUUAUUCCGAAGCAUCUCCUUGAGGCUGGAAAUGCGGAACAAGCGGCUGAAGGAGAAGGUGACGCGCAGAAUGCGGCAAACGUGGGAGAGUAUAAUUAAUGAUGAUCAUCAUCUCGAUCUCCUUGAUGUCCUUCUACAUCAUUUGUUCCGACGAUAUCAUUCAUUGAUUGGGAUCAUCUUCGUUCUUCUUUUUUUUCCUCCUCUCUCGUCAUCAUCAACUUCCUCCUUUUUAUCUAUAAACUGCAUCUCAAUCACUCAGGAAAACACCCGGCGGCGAGAAGGCACGCAAAAAAGGAAAGUACGCCGAUUUGAAGCUCGCAUUUCCUGACGACCACGCACUGGCAUUCUUCUCAAAACCUGCGCAGUACUAUCUUUCGAUGAUUUUCCAUUUGCUAAUAAUGUGAAAAUAUGCAAAAUGAACGUUGACAGGUGUCCAUGAUAUUUAUUUUCUUCCUCUUCUCCUCUCAUGUAUGAUUUUUAUUGAAGCUUAACUUCAGAACCGAUGCUGAGGAAGGAGCAACCCAAGUGAGUCGCGUUUGGAGUAUGACGAAGGAGUCAGCUGCGGAUUUCCCGCUUUUUCUCACGGAUCUUGCUGAGUUGUGCCGUACUUUGGGGAUUGUCCUAUCCUCUCGAUGCGACUACCUGAGACAAAAACUGAAGGACGACCCGCAAUCGCUGGCGAAGGGAAGCACAACACACAAAUUGUUGCUCCAGCUUGCGACGGCGACGCAGAACGGCGUCUAUGUUUUGCAGAAAAGCAACUAUGUGCUUAGGUACACUUCUCUUCAUCCACUUUUGAUACAACCAGAAGAGCAGAAUUGGUACACCGUCUCCCAUCCCCUUAUUUUUCGUUUACAGCUCCCUCGAACAACUCCAUUUUGCGCGGUCAUCCAUCAUCCAUCCAUCGUCCUCUAUUCGUAUUAUAUCAAUGUUCCCCUACCCCUCGGUCAUCAAGAUCAAUACCAUGCAUAACGAUAAGAACUACAACAACAUCAUCUCCAGAUUGCACUUCACCGAUGAUGAGGGUUUCAAGGAGAAAGAUUCGACUUUCGAGUUGAAACGGCCACAAACUUCCUUACCCUUGGACGAAGAGGAUUCGGCAGAGGAUUGCAUCCGUGUCAUGCACACAGGCGCAGCAAAGUUGAACACUUUGAUGGAAAACAUUCUCUACAUCGUACCCAAAAUCAGCCGUGCACCGAAUCAAGGUACUUACUAUUGUUUAUAUGUAUGUUGUAGGGAAUUAUAGUAGCCCUUGAGAGACGAGAGUAUCAGCAUCAUCGAGUACAUGUCCAUGUUGUCCACUCGCAAUUUCAUAUCAUGCACAGUAAUGCUCCAUACAACGUGAUGUAAAUCUCAAAUGAGAUGAAUACACCGACACCCAUGACAGAGCGUAAGAAGGGUGGCAGUUUGAAACAGCAGAAGGAUUUUGCUGAGAAGUUCAUGGCAGCGCUGACGAACUGCUGUGAGAACGGAUUUGAACCCAGGCGCAGAAAAAUUACCAAGAUUAUGGCUUCACAUACAUACAGAUACAGGUAGUGGUUGUGGUACUAGACCGACAACAUAAUCCAUUUUUUGUGUGCUGCUAAUUUUUUCCUCUACCUGUUAAGUAGAAGUAGAGUCUCUUCUACGUCGUGUUCCAAAUCAAAUAUACAAUAAGAAAAGCUAAAGGUGGAGCAGAUGACGAUAUGAGAGCAGCCGUAGGUAAAUAGAAAGCAAGAUGGACGACGAUAAUUACGUCGGUCGCGAGCUCUAAUAAAAAGGGACAGAAAGAAGCAAAGAACAAUCCAGAAAUCCUCGAAGCCUUGUCAACGGUCAUAUCCCCGGACGACUUCGAUCUCACGAUGAAACAACUCUACGGCCUGAUGGACCACUUCAACUUGCUCAUUGUACUACUCACUGUGUUUUAACUUUUAGUCCAGCAUGGAUUUACAUUUCCAACCGUCUAUCACUUGCUCAGGAACGGAUCAUUACAUUUCCAACCGUUUUGUUUUCAGUGCUUAUACGUAAAACAUGUAUUACAACGAGGUACAACAUUCUUCUCGAGGAGUAAAAGGAAGGAGUAACAACUACAAGAAUGUCUUGUUGUAGGUUUAUUUCAUCUUCUUGUGUUCACCAGCGCCUUCCUUUUUUUUACCCAUUCUUUCUACUUUCAAUACCCCGCAGGCAAAGUCAUCUACUGUCGCACGUCUUUUGGACACGAAGCUCAAGGGAGCUGCCGGCUUAGGAUUGGGCUUCAUGAUUAUCAUGGCGAUCUGCCGUGCUCAGCGCAACUGGCGUAAAAGGAAGGCAGCUGAGAAGGCUGCUGCCGAGGCAGCGGGGGCGGCUUAAGAAACUAUCAACACUGAUAGAACAAAAGAGCUAAGUAUUAAAUCGAAAACUGCUAGUAGAGCUAGGUGUAUAGCCAGAGCGCCGAAAGACAACAAUUCUAUUUCUGUGACCACUAAAAAUUAUGAUGAUGAAGAUGAUCGUGAUCAAUGUGAAAUGAAUACAAUAAAAGGAUGCUCGUUGCGCAAAGACGUUCUUAUUUAUUUGGACCAACUAUCUUUCGAUUUGAUUAAGUAGUUUUGGUCAACAAUCUUCGACAUAAGAAGCAAAUGUUUCGCUGGGAAUCUAAAAAUGUACAUGCGAUUUGAUAACGGGAAUUUUCUGUAAACGACUUAUUUGGAAUAGCUUACAUAACAUAUUAGCUACAGGGAAGAUAGAAGAACGUGAACAGUAUGCAAAGAGAACAACUGUAUGAAAAUGUCAAUGAAAAUGUAUAAAUCACAAAUUAAGACAACGAGGAAUGUUGAUUAGAUGAAGUUUUCGGUUUCGGCGAGGGUAGGUACCUAGUACAGGGAUGAAGCACUUUUAGGAAGAUGUAUCCUGUGACUGUCAUGGGCUUUUUCAAUCGUCACUCCUACGACAGGUGGGACAGGAAAGGCACGACAAUAUGAGCAUGUACAGUAAAGAUCGCGCAAAGUAACAACCUGAGAAGAAGUGUGGGAAACAUAAAUAUAGUCAUAGGUCAAUCAUGAAUGAAACACAGGACCUCGUCCUAGAAGAUGGCUUCGAAGAAGUAGUAAAUUUCUACUACCUAUUAAAACUGCAACGAAAAAUACCUAAUCUUUUGAAUUUCUAGAAGAUAGAUGGGGGGGUAUCAGACUUGUAUUCUUGAAUUGAGACUCUUGAUAUAAUUUGAAAUCUGUACACUACGACUACCACAAGAACUACAAAUGUACACACUUGCGCAUUAUCACGCAACAUCUUGACGUUUACGCCAUACGGUAUACCUGGGAAAUAGCAAUAACAAAUCUAUGUCUAGUUUGGGUUGCAUUCGCAAAAAAUGCACGAUGUCCGACAUACGGACGGUAAUAGAACAGGUAUUGCGACGAAAGUUUCUCGUAUGUUCAGAAUGAUUUUU